AUGGCCAAGCAGAUGCCAACUCUCCCUCGCAGUGUUCUACACAAUUACACCGCCCGUGAUGCCUCCUCAGAGUACUGCGGCUGUCUGAAUGGGGGCUGGUGUCAGGAGGGGGGGAGGUGUGACUGUGCACAGUUCCAGGCCCUCGGAGACCGCUGCCAGAUCAUUCCUAACCAGGGCCAGGACAGAGAUGGGAUCUGCAGGUCUUGGGGUCAGCACCAUUAUGAGACGUUUGAUGGCAGCUACUUCUACUACCCUGGAACCUGCUCCUACAUACUGGCCCAGGACUGCCACUCAGCCACACCACAGUACACUGUGUGGGUCCAUAACAGCCGUGUGUGUGAGGGAAGUGUGUACUCCUGUCCCAGGGCUCUCAGUCUCUUCUUCCCCAACGAGGAGGAGAUCCACAUCGCUGGAUACCAAGUCCACCAGGGGGGUCGCAGGCUGAGCCUGCCCCAGACAAUAGGAGGUGUGUUUAUAGAGCGUCUGGCUGACUACCUGCUGGUGAAGAGUGUGUUUGGCUUCUCUCUGGCGUGGGACGGGGGUAGUGGAGUAUAUCUGAAGAUGUCUGAACAGCACCACGGCACCCCCUGUGGCCUUUGUGGGAACUACAACAACCUGCCCAACGAUGACCUCACCACAGCCCGCGGCGUGCAGACAGAGGAGCCAGCAGUGUUUGCUAACAGCUGGUCAGUCGAUCUGCCCCAUGAGAGAGGCUGCCCUCUGGUGGACAUAGAUUUCACUGGACCCUGCCGCUCUGAGUCUGACAUGGACGAUGCCAUAGAGAAGUGCAGUGCUCUCCUGUUCUUCCCCUUCCUGUCCUGUCAUGAGAACAUCGACCCAAACCCCUACGUGGCUAGCUGUGUCUCUGACCUAUGUGUGUCAGAUGAUGAGGAGACGUUUUGCCGUGUGCUGGUGGAGUACACACGAGCCUGCAGCCAUGUAGGAUACCCUGUACGAGAGUGGAGAGAUAGCUUCCCAUCCUGCAAUGAUGGCUGUGAGGAGAGUUUUGUCCAUAGAGACUGUAUCAGCUGCUGCCCUCCCACCUGUACCUUUGAUAAGGAGUGUCUGGGAACUAACCUGCACUGUCUGGAUGGAUGCUACUGCCCUGAUGGGUUGAUUCUGCAGAAUGGGACUUGUAUCGCUGUGUCUCAGUGUCCUUGUGUCUACCACGGCACCUCAUACACACAGGGACACACUCUGGAGCAGGGCUGCAGCGUCUGUGUGUGUAUGGGGGGAGUGUGGAACUGCACGGACAACAACUGUACAGCGGAGUGUUCAGUAGUAGGUGAUGUGUUUGUGACAUCGUUCGAUGGGAGGAUGUUCCUGCAGCCAGGGGCGUGUCAGUACGUCUUGGCCAAGAGCCGCAGCGGCAGCAGAUUCACUGUUACCCUGCAGUAUACCACCUGCACAAAGGCCCAGCAGCAGGUGUGUAUCCAGUCAGUGACGGUGGUUCUGGAUGAAGAUGUUAGUCACCAGGUGACUCUGACCCGAGAGGGGGAAGUGCUUAUAGGGGUCAAUCCCGCCCCUGCCUUGCCCUACGCCGAUGAUGUAGUUGAGGUGCGGAGGUUAACGUCGGUGUUCGUCCAGCUGAGGACGUUGCUUGGACUGCGUCUGCAAUAUGACUGGCGUGGUGGGCGUGUCUAUCUACAGCUGGACAGCCAAUGGCGCAGCAACACGCUGGGCCUUUGUGGAACCUUCAACGGAAACCUGCGGGACGACUUCCUGUCUCCAGCAGGGAUGAUUGAAGGGACUCCCCAGCUCCAUGCUAACUCCUGGAGAGUCUCAUCUGCUUGCUCCGCCCCCAUCAACCAGCCCAUCAUUGACCCCUGUGAGAUGAAUCAGCACAACGUGUUCUAUUCCUCUCUGUGUGAGGUGUUGUUGGGCAGUGUGUUCUCUCCAUGCCAUGGUUACGUCAGUCCCAGUGUGUACCAGCAGCAGUGUCGCUACCAGGCCUGUCGCUGUGGUAACGCCUGUCUGUGUACGGCCCUGGCCCACUAUGCCUAUCUCUGCUCCAAACACCAUGUUACUAUCAACUACAGGGCCCACGUCUCAGAGUGUGGGAUGGUGUGUAUGGGUGGGAUGCUGUACCAGUCCUGUGUGUCGUCCUGCGGCGGGUCCUGCCGCUCCCUAUCCAGUGGAGAGACCUGUAACCAUGAUGACUGUGCUGAGGGGUGUGGCUGCUCCGAGGGCAGUUACUACGACGACGUACGACAACGCUGCGUUCAGCCGUCUCAGUGUCAUUGUUACUCUAUUGAAGGGGUGUCCCAGCCAGGGGAGGUGUCCUUCAGCGCCGCAGGCCCUUGCCUGUGCAGGAAUGGAAGGAUGGAGUGUGUACCAGAAGAAAGAGAGCCAGAGCGAGGCCAGUGUCCAGAGGGAAAGGUGUUCCACAGCUGCUCUGAGCCCCACGGGGUCCAGGGUGCGGCGGCUUGGCGAGGAGGUGUGGCCUGUGAGCUCACCUGUCGGAACCUGAUGUUGAAUCUCACCUGUCCUCCCACCACGCCCUGUAUACCUGGCUGUGUCUGCCCACCUGGGCUGGUGCUGCAUCGUGGGGAAUGUUACUACCCAGAGAACUGUCCCUGUGCCUGGUUGGGCCUUGAGUAUCUGCCAGGAGAGACCGUCAACACUCCCUGUUACAGAUGUGUGUGUCACCGGGGGUAUUUUAACUGUAGUCACAGUCCGUGUCCGGCUGUGUGUACGGUCUACAGCGACAGACACUACCACACCUUCGACGGCCUGGAGUACGACUACCACUCGGACUGUCAGGUCUACCUACUCAAGAGUAUAGAUGGUGAGGUGUCCAUCGUGUCCCAGAAUAAGGAUUGUUAUGAGAGUGGGAUUGUCUGUAUGAAGAUGCUGGUCAUCCAUGUUGGAUUCACUAAGAUCUACUUCAACGACAACUCAGGGCAGCCUAGUCCAUCCAGUGUGGUAGGUAAGGGGUCAGAGUUUGAGCUGUGGUCAGCAGGCUACUACACAGCAAUCCACUUCCCCUACCAGGACCUAACCGUUCUCUGGGACCGCAAGACGACCGUACACAUCAGAGUUGGACCACAUUGGAAGGGUCUCCUGAGUGGUCUGUGUGGGAACUUUGACAGUGUGACAGUGAAUGACAUGACCACAUCCAGCCACAUGGAGGUCAGCAAUGCUCAGGGCUUCGGAGACAGCUGGGCCCUGGGACAGUGUGAGAGUGACUAUGUGGUGAAGAGAGCGUGUGAAGGAGACCUGGGUAGACAGCCGUACGCCAAGAGAGAGUGUGCUCUACUCUACAGUGACGUCUUUACCCCCUGUCACAACGUGGUGGAUGUCUCAUGGUUCUAUAUGAACUGCUUGACCGACACGUGUAACUGUAAUCGGGGCGGAGACUGUGAGUGUCUGUGUACGUCCAUUGCUGCCUACGCACACACCUGCUGUCAACACGGUGUUACUGUGGUCUGGAGAAACCCCUCUGUCUGUCCCUAUGACUGUGAAUACUACAACCAAGAGUUAGGUGAAGGUCCAUUCUCAGUGGUCAGUGCUGUGUUUAAUGCUACAGUCUUCGGUGUGAACAGAACCAGUGGGUCAGUGUUUCCUCUAGUUAGGGAGUUUGUAGGUGGGCUGCCUCCACCUGGACUUCUCUUCAACUUCAUGAUCACAGCAGGACUACAGAAGGACCGCACAUCACGUCUCCCGGUGAUCUCUCUGGAGUCAGCGGAGCGUCCUAACUACUUCCUGGUUGUUUCGGGACGUGCUGGGCUGCGGUUGGAGCAGUGGACAAGAGGGGAGGAGUUUGGCCGCAGGGCUUCCUUCCUACAGCACCAGGGGCUGUUCCUGCCUGGCCGCACCUCCUUCGAGCUGAUUGGCCAGCCGGGAGUGUUCCUGACUCUGACACGCACGUCUGCACACGCUCAGAGAUACGACAACUCGGACAACUUCAAGACCAGCAGCUCCUUUACCCUGGAGGAGAGCAGUUUUGUGAUCCCGUACCGUAUGAUGUGUGAGUGGCGCUACCAUGCAUGUGCCAGUCCGUGUGUUCGUACAUGCAGCGACCCCGCCGCCACACGCUGCCACUUCCUGCCCCCGGUGGAGGGCUGUUUCCCUCACUGCCCCCAAAACAUGGUUCUUGAUGAGGUCACCAGGAGAUGUGUCUACACAGAGGACUGUGAGUGUGUCCCUUCCUCCCACUCCUACACCCUACGCCUUCGUAAACCGAACAACCACCACCCCAACUACUACUAUACUACUACUACAUCUAGAACCACUACUAGGACCACUACUACUAGUACCAGCGCUACAACCAGUGCUGCCUCUAUAACUGUUACUGCCACAAGAGCCCUCACUACUCCCAGUACAGCCCCAUUGACAGAGCGUUUCACCCCCACCUUCACCCCUCCUCACUCCCCCUCGCCUCCACUCCCUUCUCUGCCCUCACCCUCCACCCCCACUGUGACCGAGCACACCACUUCACCUGCAGUCUUUACCUCUGUCUCCCCCUCUCCCUCACCCACCGCUACUAGCAGCACCACUGGGGUCACGACCCCAACCUUGACCCCUGCAGAGGUCACUACAGUAGCCUCCCCUACUCCUCCCAGCCUGGCAGUGACCGACUCCACCACUCCACCACCUCCUCCUGCUACCCCUCCCCAGCCUUCCACCCAGUCUUCUAUCUCUCCCCCAGCCACUACCUCCUUCCCCACCUCCUCUCCACCUCCACCCCCUCUCUCUCCCUCUACCCACACCCCAACCACCACACAAACACAUCGUCCUGUUGCUACACCCACAGAGACCUCCUCUGUAUUUCCAGUUGUAUAUGACACCUCCUCCGUUACCAUGUCGACAUCACCCCCAGAGACGACGGAGUUCAUAACCACAGAAACAGCCACCAGUCCAGAUUUCUCUCCUACACCUGAGGCAGUCAGCAUGCCAACAGUGCUGCCCCCCUUCCUCCUGCCCACCGCCCGCUGCACACCCCCAUACUCCUACCGUGUAGAUGAGUGUGCAGAGCUGAUCUGUUUUAAUGGGGAGCUGCUCCUCCAUAACUCCUCCCUCCACUGUCGGUACAACACCACUCCUCCUCGCUGCUCUCUGCUGGGCAUGGCUGUCCUCACCAACACCGACCCCUGCUGCCCGCUUUGGCAGUGCCCCUGUCGCUGCUCGGUGAUGUCAGACCUGCGUGUGAUAACGUUUGACGGUAACAAUGUGGCGCUGUAUGAUAAUGGCUCCUACAUCCUGGUCUACCUGCCCAGAGAGAAAAUCAUAGGAACAGUGGACAAAUGCCCCACCAGCCAGAGCGUCAACUCCAUCAGACGACCGAGCCCUAGUGGUGGGACGUCAGGUCUGUGUUUUAAGAAGUUGAACAUCACCACUCCCUCCUACAGGAUUAUCAUCAACCGCCUAGACCGCAAGGUGUCAGUGAACCACAUCAAGGCACGGCUGCCGUUCUCCCGCCAGACCCUGUCAGUAGAGGACACAGGCAGUAUGUACCUGAUCACCACUCCUGGAGGAGUCAACAUACAGUGGUACCACAGCACUGGCAUCAUGGUGCUGCAAUACACCGCCCCCUCCAAUACGUCUGCUCCUACUAGAGGCCUCUGUGGCAUGAGGAGGGCGAGGAGCGGGCCGGUCCGGAUGGCGGAGAUGGAAAUCCUGGAUGAUGUUGGGGUCCAGGAUGUCGGCCACCGGGACCCAACAGCGUACCCCUCCCAGUCCACCAGGACCUUGAAGGGCCCCACAAACCGGGGGCUCAGCUUCCGGGAGGGCAGGCAGAGCGAAAGGUUCCUGGUGGAGAGCCAGAUGCGAAUGGAACACGGGAGCCUCACUGCGGUGGCGAGCCGCCUGCUCCUUCUGGUGGCGGACAGCGCGCUGGAGCCUCACGUGGGGAGCGUUCCAAACCUCCUCUGCACGCCGAAACCACUCGUCCAAUGCAGGAGCUUUGGGUGUUGUGACGGGAACCCGGCGGAUGACCUGAAGCUGCCUAACGGUACGGUGGUGAGGGAGGUGGAAGACCUGGGUCUGUUCCUGCAGGCCUGGAGGGUCCAAACCUCAGAGGACACGGAACACACACGACGCAUCGGAGACAACUGUACCACUGGAGACUGCUCUACCUGUCUCUCCAUGCUCAGACAGAGACCCUUCACUCCGUGCCACAGCAAGGUGUCUCCAGAGCAGUUCUGUGAUGUGAUGUGGGCAGGCGACCUCCACUAUAAGGCCCACCAGUGUGACUUCCUGGCAGCCUACGUAGCUGUCUGCUACACUUACCAAGUCUGCAUCAGCUGGAGACGACACAACUUCUGCCCGUUGAGGUGUCCCCCAGGUAGGGAGUACCAGGCGUGUGUGUCGACCUGUACCACCCGGACCUGUCAGAACAGAGAGUUCUAUGAGGAGACCACCUGCUCCCACAUCAGAGAGGAGUGUGUGUGUCGCUCUGGAACCAUCCUGCACCGAGCAGACUCCUCUUACUGCGUCACAGAGGAGCAGUGUGUGUGUACUGAUAACGAGGGGUCUCCGCGGGCCCCUGGGGAGGUGUGGAACGGGUCAUUGCGUAGCUGCUGUCUGUUCCGCUGCCUGGAGAACGGUUCUGUGGUGUCAGAAGAACCUGACUGCAGCAUUAGUCCCACUCCGCUGUGUGAGAGGGAGGGAGAGUACGUACUGGAUGUCCUGGAGGAGGGGGCUUGCUGCCCCAAGAAGAUCUGUGAGUGUAAUCUGACCAUCUGUGAAAGUGAGGCUCCACCGUGUGAGAAUGGGAACCGGCUGGUGAUUGGUUACAGUGCCCUGUCCUGCUGCCCAGAGUACCGUUGUGAGUGCGACCCCCAUGCCUGUCCCCCCCUCACCGCCCCUGAUUGCAGAGAAGAUCAGUUCCUAGUGGAGGUUCGUGAGGACAACUCCUGCUGUUACUCCUUCCUAUGUGUGUGCGAGUCGUGUAUCGAGCCAGUCCCGUCCUGUUCUUAUGGAGAGAUACUGGCUGUGGAUCUGAACACCACCCACAGCUGCUGCCCUCAAUACCACUGUGUGUGUGACGUGAACCUGUGUCCUGAGUCGUCUCUGAGCUGUUCUCCUGGUCUGUCUCUGGUCCAAACCACCCUACCUGGACACUGCUGCCCCGACCGCCACUGUGAGUGCCAGUGUGAGGACAGCUCUCUCCCAGUCUGUCAGGUGGGGGAGGUACAGGUGGAGGUCCCAGACGGCAGAAGCACCUGUGGCUGCCCCCUCUACACCUGCAAGAAGGCGGAGGUGUGUGUGUUCCAGGGAGUCACGGUGCUGGGGCCGGGGCAGAGCCUGAUUCAGUACUAUGAAGGAGAGCUGUGUUACACCGUCCAUUGUCUGACACACCGUGACACACACACUGGAUACUACGCCAUGGACGUGUCCGCUGUCAACUGCUCUCAGAAGUGUGGCCAGCACCAGCUGUACGUUGCAUCAUCAGAUCCUCAGGUGUGCUGUGGCUCCUGUAAGAAUGUCUCCUGUUCUUUCAACAACGACAAUGGAACCACUGAACUCUUCACUGCAGGGAGCUCCUGGGUGGAUAACUGUACGCGGUAUGACUGUGUGGAGACGACAGUGGGAACUGUGAUGCUGGCCUCAGGAGUGGUCUGCCCCCCCUUCAACGACACAGAGUGCACUCAGAAUGGGGGAGUGGUCCAGAGCUAUGUGGACGGCUGCUGCAGGACGUGUAAGGAGGACGGUAAGACGUGUAAGCGUGUGGCAAUCCGAACCACCAUCAGAAAAGACGACUGCAGGAGCAACGCACCGGUGACAGUGUAUUCGUGUGAUGGGAAGUGUCCGUCUGCCACCAUCUUUAACUUCAACAUCAACAGCCACGCCCGCUUCUGUAAGUGCUGCAGGGAGAGUGGACUACAAACCCGCUCCGUCACCCUCUACUGCUCACACAAUGCUACCCUGGUGGUCUACAGCUUCCAGGAGCCUGUCGACUGCACCUGCCAAUGGAACUAAAGAGAGAAAGAAGCUAGUUAGUGUGAGCUCCAGUAUGGCGUACAGUAGGAGGUACGGGAGAUGGAAAAGAGGUCAGAGGUCAGAGCAGACAGGUCAAGCGUCCAUGUCGGCGAGUUCUUUAGUCUUCCUUCAGUGUGUUGUGGAGGGCUGUAUGCUGACCUGUUAUAGUGACCCUGUUGUUACAGAUAUGUAGUGGUCAGAUGUGUAGGGCUGUAACCUGUUCCUUCUCUACUAUGAUAACACUAGUCCUGUCUGUACUGCUGUAGCCUGCUCCUCCUCGUAUGUAACACUAGCUAGUCCUCUCUGACUUUAUAAUGUUCCGAUCAGUUGAUCCCAGCUGACAGGACCGCUGCUGCUUUAGUAUGGAUAUAGUGCUCUCCUGAUGACUGACAUGUUUUAUAUGCUGAUAAAAAUUAUCUUAGAUUUUCUCUUUUCUUUUUUACAAAUGUAAAGCUUUUAUACAAAAAAUAGUUGUAUUUAAAUCAAUUAAUUAUUUAGUAAGGUGAUAAUCCACCUAAGUAUCUGAUGAUAGAUUAUCUGUAUUUCUUCAGAACGCUGAAUUUGUUGUGUUGUUUAAUUAAUGUGAAGCAUUGUGCCAGUAAUCAUACAGUAUGUGCUGAUGCCAUCAGAUAGACUACAGUCUUUAGUCACACA